AUGGAAUGGUUGAGUGGAUCACUUAGGGAAGCAGUGACAAGCCUUGAUGAUGAAAAAGCAGGUUCUUGCUCAAGUACUGCUGGGAGAAUUUACAUCAAAAGGGUGGGGACAAUAUUCCAUGUACAAUCAAAGAUACAAAAACAGGGGACCAUGAAGCUUUCAGUCCUAAACAUUAAUUUUGAAACUCUCUUGGUUCUUGCAUAG